GUGUAGACUGUGCAUUGGCUUCCAAGAAACGUACCAUCUGAUAGACAUGCCUGGGAUUGGUUGCGUGUAUGGACAGGAGUUAAGCUGAGAGCCGGCAGCAUUGGAAUGGCACUAGACGCUUCACUGGAGGAGUUCCGCAGCAGCUGGAUAAAUGAGAUCCACGGGGCUCCUACAGCGGCGGGGCGCUCAGACAUCCGGAAACGGAGGCGCUCGGAGGAACUACCUGAGCCUGAAAAAGAACAUGAAGAGGAGACGGCCUGGCGAUACCUACCGGGCUCUCCUGCACGGAACAAUGAAGAGGACCUGGGUAAUCAGUACGUGGAACUUGCGGAGAAGCUGCUGGGAGACAAGCACAGGACUAUAGAAAGUGCAGAAAGGACUGGCCCAGCACAGGCAGAGAGAACGGGAAGUCUGGUGGAUCAGCUCAUUGAUGACCUUAAUGAAAUCAACGAGAUCCCGUUUUUUGAUAUACAACUUCCAUAUGAAAUCGCUUUGCAGAUAUUCAAGUACUUGGAUAGAAAAGACCUUGGAAGAUGUGCUCAGGUGAGCAAGUCUUGGAGAGUGCUUGCAGAAGAUGAGUUACUCUGGUACGAUAUUGGCCGAUCAGAAGGGUACCUUACUGAAAGCAACCUUACAGCUGGCACCUCUUGGAAAGAAGCUCUGAAACAAAGGCGCACUAAUGAGAGCAUGCUAAGAGCAAACUGGAAGAACCGCACUGGGGCUGUGAGCCAACUGCACUACGAACUGGGGAAGGUCCUCUGUGAUGUUCAUACAUGCGAUGGAGUUGUCAUUGCUGGGUAUACGUCAGGAGAUGUUCGGCUCUGGGAUACACGUGUCUCAUGCUUUGAUGCCCCUUAUCUGAAAGCUUCCCGGGACUCAUUUGAUGUGGCGCAACCCCCCUCUGUGUCAUUUGUGAAAAUAAAUCGAUCCCUGGCUGUUGCAGUCUAUGAGGAUGGUACCGUUGAUGUUUGGAGCCUGCAGGCUGGCCAGGAACCUAUUCAUCAUUAUCAGCACAAUCAGAAAAUCCAAGCACUAGCCCUUUGCCCAGAAUCUGCUGCUAUAGCAACUGCCUCAGGAUUUCAGAUCAAAGUCGAGUGCCCUGAUGAGAGAGGCUAUUGGCGGAGCACCUGCCACUUCCGCACCCAGAAGCUGGUGAAUUUCCUUCAUUUGAUUCAUGGUUCUGGAGGCCACUCUUUGGCCGUAGCUGCUGCUGAUGAAAUGGUUUACCUCUUGAAGGCAAAAGAACCUGAACAUGUCCUGCACUCUACAUAUGGCCAACCAGUCACCUGUUUAGAUGUCUCUCCUACCCAUGCAGCAUUUGGUGUUAAAAGCUUUGGCUGGUUCUCUAAUCAUGGCAACAAGAUUCAUGUUUAUAACCUGCAAACUGGCCAGUGUCUUACAACUUUGGGCAACUCAACUGGCGACUUUACCUGCAUCAGCCUUAAGGAUAGUCCUCCGAACCUUCUGGUUACUGGAAACAGGGAUAGGAGGGUCCGUGUGUAUGACAUGAGAUGCAGCACAUCCCUCUGCUCUGUCUAUGGCCACCAGCUGGGGGUGUCAGCAGUACAAAUGGACGACUGGAAGAUCGUGUCUGGAGGAGUAGAGGGGCUCACCUGUGUCUGGGACCAAAGAAUGGCCACCAAACUGUGGGAGAUGCACACUAGACACCCCGUGCGCUAUAUCUGGUUCAACUCACACAGCUUAAUCACGGCCAACAUUCCAGAUGAUAAGAGCCCCCGAGGGGCCAGCAUCAUGGACGAUGAUCUUACAGCCCACCGCAGGCAUCGUGGCACAAUUAAUGUGUAUGAGUUUUUACUGGAUCAGAAGCCAACGGAGAACAUCCUCCCAAUUUGUACCUCUUCCUACAAUGAAGUGACCGGUUACAAUUACAACGUGGGCCUGGCAGUUCCAUACGACUUGGUGUGACAGAUCACACUCGAUCUUCCCUGUUCUUCAUGUGGCUGGAGCCCACUGGAUGUUUCAGGGCAGCUCAUUGGCUGACAACCUCUCCGAGCUGAUUUAUGGACCGUAGCACAGUGCAGGCUGUAUUGUUUCAUUGUAAAUAGAUUUGAUUCUUAUUUCAUUAUCAGCAAUUGUUUUACACAUUUUUAUUUGUAAAUAUAAUGUUUUUACCAAUUAUUCCAAUGAAAUGAAUAGGAAUCAUUUCACCGUUCACUGAAGCAAUUUUCUUUGUGAUUCAAAGUGUAUCAAGACUUUUUAUCAAAAGAGCAGAAGCAAAUGUUCCUAAGUAAGAGAAUCGUGAUGACGAUUUCCCAAAGACCAAAAUGCUCCUUGCCAUACACAGUGCUGCUGAGAGAGAGUAAAUAGGAAUACAUCUAGGGGUUAUUUACUAAACUCUGAAUGCAAAAAUCACAAGAAAUGUGUGAUUUGUUUUUUUUUUUUAUAUAUAAAGUUGGACUUUUAAAAAAAA